AUGAAGAAUAUAACUUCCUUUAUUGGGAAAACCAAUUUGUUUUCUGUAGAAGCAAUGGGCUCGGCAAUUGGAGGCAUGAGUGGAAAGAGAGCGAGUCCCGUGGUGACUCGAUCAAUCUCAUCCAAUUCCUCAAAGACAUGGCAGCCAAGUCAUGGUAUCAUCUUCAAAGAUGUUUCUGCGCCGGGGUCACUGAGACAUUUGAGUACAGUCUCUGUGGCAGAGAAUGAACAGAAUCUAGAGUAUCAUUCAUACGCCGAAGAUAGUUAUGUUUUGGCAAAUGCGCACGUUGAAAGCUCGAAAACUCAGAAGGUGGCGACAGUGGCCCAGGAAGAGAGCUUGGAGCCUGGGACAGCAGCAGAUGUUCAAGAGGUAGCGGAUGGACAAGAGAUAGCAGAUGAAAUCUUCGAAGAUCCUGCUAAGAAUGAACUUCCGAUUUCCGAAUCAACAUACCAAAUGACGGAGGAAUUGUUUAAAAAGGCGAAGAAUGCCGAGCCAGAGACGCCAGAAUGCUACUGGUCACAUACUCUAUAUCGUGGGCCAGAGGAGAAUGGCAUUCCGAAGAAAGUCAAAGUACAUUAUUGCCGAAGUCUGCAAACCACGGAACAAACGUUGCAACAACAUUUCUUGGGCAAAAAGGUUCUGGGAUUUGAUAUAGAAUGGAAGGCAGAGGCACGCGCGUAUCAUGGGCCAAAGAAGAAUGUUUCUUUGAUUCAACUCGCAUCAGAAGAGCGAAUUGGCCUCUUUCACAUUGCAUUGUUUCCACAAGUCAACGCCUCAGAACUUGUAGCUCCAACUUUGAAGAAAAUCAUGGAGGAUCCACAAGUCACUAAAGUAGGCGUAGCAAUCAGCGCAGAUUGUACACGUCUUAGAACACAUCUUAAUAUCGAUUCAGUGUCUAUAUUCGAGCUAAGCCAUCUUCACCGAUUGGUCAAAUAUACUCUUUCUCAGGAAUACGAUCUGAUCAAUAAGAGAUUAGUUUCUCUAGCAAAGCAAGUGGAAGAGCAUCUACAUCUACCAUUGUUCAAGGGUGGGGAUGUUAGAGCUAGUGAUUGGAGUCGAGGACUAUCAAUCCAACAAAUUUCAUAUGCAGCAUCAGAUUCAUAUGCUGGUUUACAACUCUACGAUGUACUUGAGACCAAGCGCCAAGCUCUAGACCCAACGCCUCCGCGACCAUCUCAUGCCGACCAAAACGCGCCUAUUCCCCUAUCACAUCUUCCCACAGACACUCCAAUAAGACGAAAAAAUACUCGACGCCAGAUCAUGCAAGAUCCCCUACCACUUGACCCUGAUUUCUCGCUCGAAGAUUCUAAAGCUACUAUUGAAGCUCCGAUUGAAGCUGCAACCAAAGCAGGAAGUGAAAUAGAAAUCCACGAUCUCGUGAGAAAAAUCACCGGUUCCGAACCACCAGUAAAUAUACGAAGAAUAGCACCCGCUCCCGACUCUAACGAUUGCGACGAUUCUUCUGUUCUCCUAGCAGCCGACGUACUUACAACCUUUCAUUUAGAAGCCAAUCCAGAAUCGAAAGUCUCACGAUUACAACUCGUGCCCUACUUUAUUUGGUACCAUAACGCUCAUCUUUCCAUUCCACAGAUUGCAACUCUUUGCAGCAACCGAGAUAAUAAGGUUAUAAUAAAGCGGAUACUUACGGUGAUCUCGGGAGAUAAACUACCUUAUGAAAAGCAUAGAUUGAGAGAUCUUCUAGAGGGAUUGUCUAAAAACGCGGCCUGGGAGAAUUUUAGAGGAUUGGUGGAGGCGGUUGAUACACCGGACGUUUGUCAGGAUUAG